UGCUGACUCACCUGAUGGCCGUGGCACCUGGCCAUCUCGUACGCCGGACACCUGGACACGGCCCGCAAGGUCAUGACAGCCGAGGCGCUCAGGGAGGAUGGCCUCUUGGACAACCUUCUUCAGCAGCUGUUCUCUCUGAUGCCCGACUCCCCGGAGGUGCCCGAGUCCUACGCCGACACCCACAAGUCCUACUUUGAGCUGGAGCCGAUUUUCGAUUUGUCAGGGUCCGGCUCGGCCGAGGAGGUGCACCACUGGGCGUGCAGGACGUACGCCGAGCUCCUGCGUCAGCUGCCGGUGCUGGCCCGCUCCUGGCGCUCGAGCUGCGAGCGGGCGCUGGCGCUGCGUGUGGAGCGGCUCACGGCUGACCACGUCAGUCCGCUGCUGCUGGCCGAGGAGUUCGGUCGCCUGCAGGCCGCCGACAAGGCCAUCGACAAUAUGACGGUGCGGGCGCGCCCCUCCGUGCGCGAGGUGUCGGCCGUGUACGCCAUGGAGGAGGUCAGCACCGAGCUAGUGGUCAAGCUGCCGACCGACUACCCGCUCGGCCACGUUGUGGCAGACGCUGCCGGCCGGCGCGUUGGCGUGGCCGCUGGACAGUGGCGCAUGUGGAUGCUCCAGCUCACCACCUUCCUCACGCACCAGAACGGCAGCGUUCUGGACGGCCUACUUCUCUGGAAACAGAACAUCGACAAGCGCUUCCAGGGUGUGGAGGAGUGCAACAUCUGCUUCUAUGUGCUGCACGGCAGCAACUACCAGCUGCCGAAGCUGGCCUGCCGCAACUGCAAGAAACGCUUCCACCCCGCGUGUCUGUACAAAUGGUUCAACACGAGCAGCAAGAGCACCUGCCCCAUGUGCCGCCAGCUGUUCUGAGUCCGCUGAGACGGUUCUGCGGAUCGACCUGGGGUCGCGACGGACGUACGCCGCGUGACCGGGGCCGGUCUUACUGGGUGGCGCGUUACUGUUAGCCACGAGAGUUUCGAGGAAUAUAUUUCGCACGGUGCUGUGUCUGCACGCUUGCGGUCGCGUGAGAUAAUAUACG